AUGCUCAUAGAGGAUGCCCUGCCAAGUUCAACAAAGUCUGGGAUCGCUGAUUUAACACCUACAGAAGUCAGCAGGUAUCAGGAUACAAAUAUGCAAGGAGUGGUUUAUGAGUUGAACAGUUACAUGGAACAACGGCUAGAUGCUGGCGGAGACAAUAAAUUACUCCUGUAUGAAUUAAGUGAUAUAAUCAAAACAGCUACGAAAGCUGAUGGAUUUGCACUAUAUUUCCUUGGAGAAUGCAAUAAUACCUUAUGUAUGUUCACACCAACUGGAACAAAGGGUGGACAGACACAGUUAACACCUGCUGGACCAGUUGAAUAUGGCACUACAAUAUCUGCACAUGUAGCCAAAUCCAGAAACACUUUGUUGGUAGAAGAUAAUAUUGGCGAUGAACGAUUCCCAAAAGGUACUGGGCUGGACUCAGGGACUCGUAUCCAGUCUGUUCUGUGCUUACCAAUUGUUACAGCCAUUGGAGAUCUUAUUGGAAUUUUAGAACUUCAUAGGUACAGGGGAAAAGAAGCCUUCCGCCUGUGUCACCAACAAGUGGCAACAGCAAACCUUGCAUGGGCUUCAGUAGCAAUACAUCAAGUACAAGUAUGCAGAGGAUUGGCCAAACAAACUGAACUAAAUGACUUUCUACUAGAUGUAUCCAAGACCUACUUUGAUAACAUAGUUGCAAUAGAUUCUUUACUUGAACAUAUUAUGGUAUAUGCAAAGAACCUGGUGAAUGCAGAUCGCUGUGCACUUUUUCAGGUUGACCACAAAAACAAAGAAUUAUAUUCUGACCUUUUUGAUAUCGGUGAAGAGGAUGAAGGAAAACCUGUUUUUAAAAAGACCAAAGAAAUAAGAUUCUCCAUUGAGAAAGGUAUAGCAGGUCAAGUCGCAAGAACAGGUGAAGUUCUUAAUAUUCCUGAUGCCUAUGCAGAUCCACGCUUUAACAGAGAAGUGGACCUAUAUACAGGUUAUACAACAAGGAACAUCUUAUGUAUGCCUAUUGUAAGCAGAGGCAGUGUUAUUGGUGUUGUCCAGAUGGUGAACAAACUGAGCGGAAGUGCCUUCUCUAAAACUGAUGAGAAUAACUUCAAAAUGUUUGCAGUUUUCUGUGCUUUAGCCUUACACUGUGCAAAUAUGUACCACAGAAUACGUCACUCAGAGUGCAUUUACCGAGUGACUUUAGAGAAGUUGUCCUAUCACAGCAUUUGUACUUCAGAAGAAUGGCAAAACCUUAAGAACUGUAACCUUCCAGUACCUCUUUGUAAGGAAAUUGAACUUUAUCAUUUUGAUAUAGGGCCUUUUGAAGAUCUUUGGCCAGCAAUCUUUGUGUAUAUGAUACAUCAGUCUUGUGGUAAAAAUUGUUUUGAGCUGGAAAAAUUGUGUCGUUUUACUAUGUCAGUGAAAAAGAACUAUCGGCGAGUACCUUAUCAUAAUUGGAAGCAUGCGGUAACAGUGUCGCAUUGUAUGUAUGCUAUAUUGAAGCAAAGCAAAGAUUUAUUUACAGAUUUGGAGAGAAAAGGGCUUUUGAUUGCAUGUUUAUGCCAUGACUUGGACCACCGCGGGUAUACUAACACCUACUUACAAAAAUUUGAUCAUCCAUUGGCAGCAUUAUAUUCUACGUCAACAAUGGAACAACAUCAUUUUUCCCAGACUGUGUCUAUUCUGCAGCUGGAAGGGCACAAUAUUUUCUCCAAUUUGAGUUCUACGGAGUACGAACAAGUGCUAGAGAUAAUACGCAAAGCCAUCAUUGCCACAGAUCUUGCACUGUAUUUUGGAAACCGUAAGCACUUGGAGGAGCUUCAUCAAACUGGCGCACUAAAUUUUAACAACCAAGCACACAGAGAUCGCAUGAUUGGGUUAAUGAUGACUGCAUGUGAUCUUUGCUCUGUGACAAAGCUAUGGCCAGUGACCAGAAUGAUUGCUGAUGACAUAUAUGCUGAAUUCUGGGCUGAGGGCGAUGAAAUGAAAAGGCUUGGUAUUUCACCAAUACCAAUGAUGGACAGAGAGAAAAAGGAUGACAUUCCUCAGGGACAGAUUGGAUUCUACAAUGCAGUAGCUGUUCCCUGCUAUACAACAUUAACUCAGAUAUUCCCUUCUACACAGCCUCUUCUUAGUGCUUGCAGGGAUAAUCUCAGCCAGUGGGAGAAAGUGUCCAGAGGAGAAGAUACUACAAUCUGGCUUCCCACCCAAUCUACAGCAACAGAUUCAGCAGAUUCAUUACCGGUUAAGAUUGAUAAUUAA